AGGUGGCAUGAAACGUCCCGUUCGUAAGCAUAUACAUAAGGAAUGCUCUUGGCACACCUUGAUAAGUUACUUUGGCCUAAACAUCGAUUGCCUCUUGUAAAAACCUAAAUGGCAGCUCAGAAAAGGAAGUCUGUGUUAGUAGAGGCUUCUGCUAAACGUCCAAAGCUGGACAAGAACAGCAAACCGUCAUCAGCGAAGAAGGAAAAAGAGGUGUCAGAUACAAAACAUGUCUCAAGUAAAUCAAAGCCUAAUCAGUGUGCAGUGCAGGAGAAAACUGUACUCAAAACCUCUGUCAAAUCAAACAGUGACAACACCAAUGAACCUCAACUAGGAAUGCGCAUGACUACAAGAUCAUCAGGAUUCAACACGAAUAAUAAAACAGUACCUGACAAAAAGGUCCAACCACAGUCUAAAUCAACAAAAAAUAGGGAGGUAUGCCAGAAAAAGUCAGUGCAAGAAAUUCCAAAGUCAAAAUGCAUAAUUGCACCAAACGAGCCAGUAAUGAGGAGAUCACAGAGACUGCAACAGUUAACACAUGUAACACAGGUUAACACACCAGCAAGAUCCCUGCGCAACAGAGAAGUUAAAGAAGAAAAAGCUUUGGGAGUUAAACAAAGUAGCCAGGUAAAAAGACAUGCGCACAGUGCUGCAGCAAAAGUACUUAAGUCUGCUGGAGAGAAAGCGGAACAGAAAACCACAAAAACGAAGCCAAGCAAUACAAAUGAGGAUAAAGAAAUACAUGUAGAAGUGACCAGCUCUCUGAAAGAGAAAAAAUGUAAAGCAGCUAAUAAAAAUGAUAAUCCCAACAGCUUUCAACACAACCUUCAAGGGUCAUCAUUGUGUCCUGAUGAGAGUCUUGAGGAAGUUAAGAAAGACCAAACGGGCCCUGUAUCUCCUGUUCUUGGCAACACAAAGAAGGUGGAAACAGAUUCUCUUAAGCCAAAUUCUAAGACAGUAACUAAGGAAAAGCAACAAACACAUCAGAACGUAAAAACCAGUUCAAAACCAAAAAAGAUUUCACAGCCAUCCGUAUGUGAAACAAACGUGGCUGAACAACCAGAAAAUGAUGCAAAAUCCAAAAGGGUAAGCAUCCUUGAACUUUGUGAAGAAAUCGCAGGUGAGAUUGAGUCAGAUACAGUAGAGGUGAAAAAAGAUUCCCCUAAUGCGGAGUAUAGCAAAACAGAAGAAAAGCAUGCUGACAUACAGCUUCAACAAAGUGAAAUGCUUACUCAGAAAGAACCUGGUCAAAGUACUCAAUGCAAACGUUUUUUCCCUAGCAAAAAAGGAAUGCCUGUCAAGUGCACUCUGAAUGGUAGAAAUAACUCCUCAAACAAAAACUCUAAAUGGACCAAAAUUAAAUUACUGAAAGCUAGUAACAUGAAGCAAAGUAACUUAAAUUCUGCAAAUGCCCCCAAGCUUUCUUUGUUAAAAGAUUAUCCUGAAGUUUCGGAGGCAAGUCAAAUAGCUGCAGAAGCAGAGCUUUCGAAGGCACAAGGGAAGCUGUCAAUAACAGGACUCUUGGAGAAUGAAAGUGCAGCUUGUGUGCAGGAGAAAUCACAUCCUUCAUCUGAAAAAGCUGGAGCUAAAGAAGUGGCAUUAGAAGUAAAACAGCCCACAAAGAGAGGUGCAGAAAAUGGUUUGUUGCAUAAUUUGACAAAACAUUUAUGUGAGCAACGACCAGAUGAGAACUUUCGGUUACGUUUGGAAUCAAGUCCAGAAAGUUCUCCAGUAAAGUGUAUUACAGCUCCUAAACCACCAAAACAAGUGAAAAAAGAACUCGGAGAAAGUGAACCUCAAGAUUUGGCUCCCAAGCAGUUGACGCAAACUUCGCUUACAAAUCAAACUUCUGAAACUGAGAACAGGGUUCCAUUGUCAAAUCCUUCAUUAGCAUCAAAAUGCAGUAACUUCCUACCGUCUGAGGAACAUAUUCAGAAGCUAAAAGAAGCAGGAAAAGAUGGUGAUAAGCAGCUGAUCAUAGAUGCAGGACAGAAGAGAUUUGGUGCUGUUUCUUGUAAUAUUUGUGGAAUGCUUUACACUGCGUCAAAUCCAGAGGAUGAAACUCAGCAUCUGCUUUUUCAUAACCAGUUCAUAAGUGCUGUAAAAUAUGUGGGUUGGAAAAAGGAGAGAAUUUUGGCUGAAUAUCCUGAUGGAAAGAUAAUAAUGGUUCUUCCUGAUGACCCAAAGUAUGCACUUAAAAAGGUCGAAGAAAUUAGAGAGAUGGUAGACAAUGACUUGGGAUUUCAGCAAGCGCCGCUCAUGUGUUACUCUAGAACUAAAACUCUUCUUUUUAUUUCUAAUGACAAAAAAGUUAUCGGCUGUUUAAUUGCAGAACAUAUCCAGUGGGGCUACAGAGUUAUAGAAGAGAAGGUUCCAGAAGUCAGUUCGGAAAAUGAGAAAGUCAUCUUUGAAAGACAGAAAGCAUGGUGCUGCUCAACUUCUCCAGAACCUGCUAUUUGUGGGAUUAGUCGAAUAUGGGUAUUCAGCAUGAUGCGUCGAAAGAAGGUCGCUUCUCGGAUGAUAGAGUGUCUUAGGAGCAACUUCAUAUAUGGCUCAUACUUAAGUAAAGAAGAAAUCGCUUUCUCUGACCCCACUCCUGAUGGAAAACUCUUUGCAACGCAGUACUGUGGCACUGGCCAGUUCCUGGUAUACAACUUCCUCAAUGGACAGCACCAGACUUAACUGCUCCUGGAGGAAUUCCGUUUUUAUUGGGAGACUUCUGCCAAAAUGCACUGGGCAGGUGCAGACCUUCAGCAGAAGUCAGGGCCAUUUUUAUUACCGUGAACUCAGGACUGGUAACAACCGGAAGGUUGUACUAUUUUGUUAAACUUGUAAACAAUGCAGUAAUAGGCUAACUUUGGUUUUUUAAAAGAAAGAUAUUUUAUUAACUUUUACAGAAGUUUGAUUGUAUUUUAUCUAGUUAGUCAUGUUUACAUGCAGCAGGAAAUUGUUCAUAGUGGACUGUAAACUAAUGCAAAGACUCUGGUCUCGCUGAUGAGUACGUGCUGAAGUUCUUAAUGUGGUGUCACACCAGUGC